CGGUGACAUCAUGGCUUCUGCAACCAUGAAACGAGAAACUGCGAUCGCGACUUGCCUCUCUCCAUCCACCAUCCUGAGUUGAUCAUGUGGAAUCCUUUUCUUUUAAUCUACCAGAUACUACAGCAUGCCAUCUCCAGGAUUCUUUCACCUACCCCACCACCACCUCGCGCCAAACUCAGCCGACCGCGAAUUGCCAUCAUUGGUGCAGGCCUCACAGGCAUUUCCUCAGCCGCUCACUGUGUCGGGCACGGGUUUGACGUCACGGUAUUCGAAGCUGGGGGUAGAGAUGAACUCGGAGGGAUCUGGUCGCGCGUCAACAAAACGUCGGGACUGCAGAUUCAUAGCCUGAUGUAUCGGUUUCAUCCUCGGGUUCAAUGGAAGGGCGGGUAUCCUUCUCGACAACAGAUUUUGGAUGCGAUAGAGGAUCUGUACAAAGCAUAUCUCUUGGAAGACAAGACCCAGUUUCAUACAAGAAUUGACAGAGUCUGGAAGGACAAGAACGGGAAAUGGAUUCUGAAUACUGAGGGUUAUGGGAAAUUCGAUGGAAUUAUUGCCGCCAUAGGGACCUGUGGAGAACCAAAAAUGCCACAUAUGCCCGGCCAGGAAACAUUUCGUGGCGAAAUUCAUCAUUCAUCCAAACUGGAUGGGAAGGACGCGAAAGGUAAGAAAGUGGUCAUUAUCGGUGGAGGCGCGUCUGCAGUGGAAGCACUCGAGUUUGUGACUGCUGGGCAAGCGGAAAAGACAACGAUCUUGGCACGAUCCGACAAAUGGAUAAUUCCACGAAAUGCGAUUGUUGACAUGCUAUUGGCAAUGAACAUAUUUGGACAGGAGAUUUAUCUAUCCUGGAUCCCGGAAUUCCUUCUUCGCCGGUUCUUCUAUCGCGAACUUGCUGAUCUCGCUCCCAGUCACCAAGGCAUCUUCACCGAAACACCUAUGGUGAACUCGGAAGUCUUCCAAAAGAUUCGCGACGGCAGCGCCGAAUGGCUUCGUGGUGACAUUGAGCACUUCACCGAAACCGGUAUCGCCUUUAACAAACGUGGCAAAAACGUUCCCAAAGGCGGCCCAGGGAAGUCAAUCCACGUUGAGGCAGACAUGAUAAUCAUGGCUACAGGUUAUAAACGUCCAAAGCUCGAUUUCCUUCCCUCCAACUGCUUCGAUGAGCCUUACGAUCCACCGAAUUGGUAUCUCCAGACCUUCCCUCCUCCUUACCCUUCCAUCAGCUGUAUCAACUCCACUUAUGUAAAUGCGAUCGGGACAGUAGGGAGUUAUCAUAUCGGGAUUUACACCAGGAUUCUCCUCAUGUUCCUCGUCGAUCCUUUGACCUGCCCUCAGGAAUGGCUCAUGAAACGGUGGAUUGAUAUGACGAGGUUUUUCAAGAGCCGAUCUCCCACCCCUGCGUUUGAUUUCUUCACGUACACAGAACUACUUUGGUGGUACUUUUUCUGUGUUGCUAUCAAUCCCUUCAGAUGGAAGUGGGCAUUGUUUGUGUUUUUCGGAAUUGGUGUGGGGAUGCCAUUGUCGAUAGUGCAUAGGGAGGAUAGGGUUCGAGAAUUUAUGGAACGGAACGAAGGAUCCCGUCGAAAGGCCAAGUAACAGUCUAUAGUACCUAUAUCAAGGAACGACGUUCAAGUGCUGUAUUUCGUUAAUUGCAAGUACAUCAUCGGCCGAAAUAAUUGUAAUAGAUAUAAAGUAACAGU